AUUGGGUAAAAGUACAUGAGCAGCAGCUAUAAAUACAAGUGCAUAUUGGGAUGUCCAGGUUAUUGAAGAAGACAUCAUUGCAUAAACAAUGAGUGGCUGUCCAUUUAUGGGGACGAGGCAUCGGUACACUUUCAGCGAAUUAUCUCUGGAAGAGAAAAAUGGGGAAAACUCACAAGAAGGAAUAAAUAAAGCCAGCCGAGGAGGACUUGUAUAUGGGGACUAUUUACAACUUUAUAAAGUGUUGGAUGCUCAAGAACUACAGAGUGAAAAAAAGGGAAAUAAAAUCCAUGAUGAGCACCUUUUCAUAGUCACUCAUCAAGCAUAUGAACUUUGGUUUAAGCAAAUACUUUGGGAACUGGAUUCUGUCAGAGAAAUCUUCCAAAAUGGACAUGUAAGAGAUGAAAGAAAUAUGCUGAAAGUUGUGACUAGGAUUAAUCGCAUUUCCAUGAUUCUCAAACUAUUGGUUGAACAAUUCUCAGUUCUAGAAACAAUGACCGCCAUGGACUUCUUUGAUUUCCGAGAAUACUUGUCACCUGCAUCAGGCUUUCAGAGCUUGCAGUUUCGACUUCUUGAAAAUAAAAUUGGAGUUCCAGAAAGUCUUCGAGUUCCUUACAACAGACGCCAUUAUCGUGAUAACUUCAAGGGGAAGGAGAAUGAAUUGCUUCGUAGAUCUGAGGAAGAACCUACCCUUCUGGGUCUUUUAGAGGCAUGGCUGGAACGCACACCUGGCUUGGAAGAAGUUGGUUUCAAUUUUUGGGGAAAACUACAGGUCAAUAUAUUUCAAGGAUUAGAGGAGGAGCUUCAAAAGGCUAAGGCCAAGCCAGACUCAGAAGACAAAGAAGAACAGCUGGCAGAGCUUCAGAAACAAAAAGAAGUCUUUACAGCUUUGUUUGAUGAGAAGCGACACGUACAUCUUCUCAGUAAAGGAGAAAGACGACUGUCAUAUAAAGCAUUAAAAGGGGCUUUAAUGAUAUAUUUCUACAGGGAGGAACCACGGUUCCAGGUUCCAUUUCAGCUCCUAACUUCUCUAAUGGACAUUGAUAUUUUGAUGACCAAAUGGAGAUAUAAUCAUGUCUGCAUGGUGCACAGAAUGAUUGGCAGCAAAGCUGGAACUGGUGGUUCAUCGGGCUAUCAUUAUUUGCGCUCGACAGUGAGUGACAGAUACAAAGUCUUUGUUGAUCUGUUCAACCUCUCAACAUUUUUGGUGCCAAGACACUGGGUACCUCGACUUAACCCAAGCAUCCACAAAUUCUUGUACACUGCAGAAUGCUGUGACAGCUCAUAUUUCAGCAGUGAUGACUCAGAUUAAAAUUUCUGUAUUUAGUAUAUGAUUUAAAGUAAUAUAAACCAUUAUAUAUUAUAUAAAAUAAUGUAAUAUACUUAAGCAUUUAUUUUCAUUGUAUGGUCUUAAACAAGGCAAGCAUUAAUUUAAUUAUAUGUACAAACUUUAUAGUAUUCAAUAUUAUAGACACUUUUGUAGAUAAGAGAUAAUGUAGUAAACAGAUUUGUGGAGUACACGACUAAUAGUUGUCCUGUGGACAGAUCCUCCCACCUGUGGAUCUCUGCAGCUCCUCUAGAGUGACCAUGGCUGCUACUCUAAUUAGUGCUCUCCUUGCCUGGGCUGUCAGUUUAGAUGUACAGCCAUGUCUUGGUAAGUUUGCAGUUGUGACAUACUCCUUCCAUUUUGGGAUGAUGUAUUGAACAGGGAUAAAAAAAAAAAUUAAACCUAUUCCUGCUUUAUUCUUCUCCACAACUUUAUCCCCGGCCUGUGUGGUGUCUUCCUUGGUUUUCAUG